AUGAAGCGAGAGGAGGAGUUAAAGAAGUCACAAAAAGGUGCUCUUGAUAAAUUUGUGUUUAAAAAGGCUGAUUCUCAAGAAACUUUGAAUCAAUCAACUGGAAAUUUGCAUAUUGGAAAUUCUGAAAAUGUGAAUGAUGAAGUGAAUGAUCCAAUUGACUUUAAUGAUGUGACCGGCCUUGUGUGUGACCACAUCUCCACCACCCACAAUGACCAGAAACAUUCAAAUUCCAUCGAAAACUCUGAUGAAAGAUAUGAAGAAACACUCCUCAAGCUUCCCAAAGCCAAAGGCUGGAUGACUGAGCAUCUGGUUCAUUACCAAGGGGUUUGGCUAGCCCCUAAACCAACCUUGAAGGGUUUAAUGUGGAUCCAAGACCAGUUUACGCCUCGACCCACCGAUAUUUUCUUAGCCACGUCCCCGAAAACCGGCACCACUUGGCUCAAGUUACAGAUAUUCGCCACAGUCAACCGCACCCACUACUGUUUCUCCGACCACCCUCUACACACCACUAGCCCUCACGAUUGCGUCCCUUUCUUGGAUACUUUCAUAGACGGAAACCAUCGGUCUUUACAAGACCUUGAACGGUUGCCUUCCCACGACUCCUCUCAACCCAUGUCCCUUUCAUAUGAAGAUUUGAAGAAUGAGUCAUUUGCUGUUAUUAAGAGAUUAGGUGAAGUUAUAGGAUACCCUUUUUCAUUGGAGGAAGAGAGCGAAGGAGUGGUUGAAGAAAUAUUGAAACUGUGCAGCUUUGAGAAUUUGAGCAAUUUGGAAGUGAACAAAACAAGUGUGCUAAAGUUUAACAGAUAUAUUAGGUUUGAUAAUCGCCAUUUAAUCAGGAAGGGAGAAGUUGGUGAUGGGAAGAAUUAUUUAACAGAGGAGAUGAUACAACGUUUGAAUGCAAUCAUAGCUGACAAGUUACAUGGUUCUGGGUUGGUAUUGGGCAACUAG